CCUCCACACACCGCCCUCCCCCAGCUCCGUCACAACUACCCGCGCCAGAAAUCAGAAGAGCGAGUCCAGGGGCACGCGCUACACUGACGGACAGGUGAAGAAACCAAUCGAACACCAAGAUUGGUGGGGCGGGGGGGGGGAGAGCCCUGGAGUUGGCAAUCCAGAAUACGUGAACGUGCGAAGGGACCACCGUUUGCAAAGCGGUAGAGAGCCCGGAAGGGAGAAGGGAAAUCGAAAAAGGUGGGCGGGGCCGCUCACAUGCCCACCCCACAGUGGGAACCAAUGAAGGCGGGAAAUAUUCCUAUACGUUAUUGAAUCUUCUCUUCCCGGGUCCUGCGUGCUGUGUGUUACGAUUGGCUGCGGUGACUCGAGGUCGUGCUGCCAUUGGGUGGCCUGAGUUCCGGCUUCAAGGAGCGAGAGGAGUAACGUUCCCGGAAGUUCUAUUGAAAUGUUCUAAAAAUCAUAAGAGAUGGUGAGGUUUAAGAACAGGUACUUCCUCUGUGAGAUUAUCUCUGAAGACUCACGCUUUCAGCAAUGCAUUGAUGAAUGGGCUGUGCACAAUACAGUGAAGAAUGUCAUUGCAAGAAUUCAUGGAGACUUUGGGCUUGCUUGCUGCUCCAUUGCAUUCUCAGUGAAGUAUCUCAAUGCCUACACAGGGAUAGUUCUUUUGUGCUGCCGGAAAGAUUUUCAUCGGCUUCUCUGGUCAUCUCUGCCUUUUAUAACUCACUUAGAGAGCAGGAACCAACGUUAUCCAUGUUCCUUUAACACGCUGCAUGUUGGAGCUACAAUAAGAACAUGUCAGAAAUUCCUAAUUCAGUACAACAGGAACCAGCUACUGGUGUUGCUGCGCAACUGCACCAAUGAAGCAGAUAGACAAGCUAUCCAGAAGUCAGUACAGAGCUGUAUGGUUGUAGAAGAGGAACAGUUUCACAGUAAGGAUGAAGAAAGUGAUGACGACAGCAUGAAAUGACUCUCGGGUUCCUUUUUGAGCAAGCACUGAUAUUGAAGAAACCAUUUUCCCUACCACUCCGCCUUUGGGGAAGAAAAAUAAAGAAUUUAUGAAAAAAUGCAA